CAAAUUCCUUGUAUACCUUUUGUAAAAUUGCUAUUUUUUUCAUCUAAUUUUAUUACCAAUACUAGUGCAUGCUCAACUAAUUUAUCGACACAUACAAAAAAAGAAAAGAAAUAGUGACAAUGCAAUACCAAAACACUAGGGCAAGACAAACGUCAUCAUCUUCGGAGUCGUUGGAGAGGGUGGCAACGCUGGCAUCAGGAAGCGCGGUGGUGAUAUUUAGCUCGAGUAGUUGUUGCAUGUGCCAUGCAAUGAAGAGGUUGUUUUGUGAGCUCGGUGUGAGCCCGAUGGUGUACGAGUUGGAUCAAGAUCCGAAUGGAAAAGGGAUGGAGACAGCGCUUUCCAAGCUUCUUGGCAACUCAUCUGCCAUACCAGUUGUGUUCAUAGGUGGUGAACUAAUCGGAUCGAUGGAUAGAGUCAUGGCUUCUCAUAUUAAUGGCACUCUUGUUCCACUUCUCAAAGAAGCCGGAGCUCUCUGGCUAUGACACUCUUUUCUUUUUAGUCCAUUAAGAAAUGAAUGAUCUUCUUCUAUCUUUCAAAAUAUUAUAAGUAACUUCCUAUUUUGUCUUUAGAAGCAUGCUCUUUUUAACCAUGAAAAUAUCUUAAUAUGUUUAA